UUUGGGCCUAGCCCUUUGUUCCUUCUUCUUCUUCCGCUCCACGAUACAUUCUCCUUCCUCACCUACCAUUUCCAAGCCUGCAAAAUCCUCUACUCUGGUUCUUCUCCAUAGAUUUACUUCGCAACAGGAGUGUUAAUGGAAGAUGUGGAGACAUUGAGGGGAGACAAACUCAUAUUGAGGGGAUUGCAGUUCCAUGGCUAUCAUGGAGUUAAGGUUGAGGAAAGAAAGCUGGGUCAGAAGUUCUUAAUAGAUAUUGAUGCUUGGAUGGAUCUUCGUGCUGCUGGAAAAUCUGACAACUUGUCAGAUACUAUUAGUUACACUGAUAUAUACCGCAUCGCGAAAGAUGUGGUCGAAGGACCGGCUCAGAAUCUUCUCGAGUCAGUGGCUGAACUCAUUGCAUCUAACACUCUGGCGAAGCAUUCCCAGAUAUCUGCUGUUCGUGUGAAAGUCGGGAAGCCUCAUGUUGCCGUUCAUGGUCCUGUGGACUACCUGGGAGUCGAAAUACUCAGACACAGGAGUAUAGAUGCUCAAAACUGACCAUUUACAGUUUUAUUUGUCGGCCUUGGGCUCUGUUUAGUUGUAUUUGCUUUCAUUUUUUGUGACACUUCUAUUAAUUUUAUUAUAUUUAGUUUCUUCAACUCUAA